AUGAAGGGUGACCUGUGGGAUGAGAGGAUCGGUGUCGUAUUCCUCCAGUUGGUCGUCAAUUAUAUCACCGUCCCUGUGCUCUUGAUCCAGGGAGCUCUCCUACAUCCGUAUUACGAACCUGACCCACAAGCCCGCAAGAUAAGAGCGUGGCUGGCGCCUGUAACUAUCUUCCUCGCCAUCUAUAGUCAGAAAACAAGGCUCUUCCAUCCCCUAGAAGACUAUCUGCAUAUCAACUAUUGCGUUGCGGCCAUCCCGACGUUCCACAUCAUCUGUGUCGCGCUGCAAUAUGCCAGCCAUAGGGGUCCCGCCAGACAGAUCGAUGUGGCCAAGCACAAGAAAGACGACGACGAGCCGGCCUCCUCCUCAGACACUGACUCGGAUAAUUCGUCGAGUAUCACCAAUUCGGACUCUCAAGUCACGCCUACCAUAGUGGUCCAAGCCAGGAGGGUUUCUAAGACGGCCCCGAAGAAGAGUAAAACAAUAGUUCCCACAAAGUCAAAAGAAUCCCCUCCUAGUAUCGGUGAACUAGCACGCUUUUCGAUAUGGAUGACAAGCAGCCCCAGAUCUUUAGGCUAUGUUUGGGGACCACCUGCAUCCGUGCUCUCGCCGGCACCGAAGAGACCAAUGGGCAAGUUCUUGUUGAGGUUAUUCGGCCGGCUGGUAGUCAACCAGUUAGCUUUGAUCGCCUUUUGUUCGAUCGCUUUGCCGACCGCAGCCCACCCGGAAAAAAUAUACGGCUGGCUCAACCAAUACGUAGAUCUUCCGGACACCUGGCUGGUCCGCUUUUUCUGUGAAAAGGCGUUCAUGCUACCCUGGGGAAGCGUGGGCCUACAUUCCUUCGAUCUCGUUGGAUGUCUCCUGAUCAUCUGGGAGCUGGUCUGGAUCACCGGGGCCCGCUUGGUCCUCCCAAGUACAUCGAAAUGGAGGCCGGAGCCAUUUGACACGACCCAGUAUCCCGACCUCUUUUCAAAACCGGUGUUCAGGACCAGUUUGACUGAAUUCUGGUCGAAAGGUUGGCAGUCUACCUUUAGAAGAGACUUCAUUUUUUGCGGCGCGGAGCCAUUCGCGAAACUCUUUGCCCCGUAUGGAGUAACGGCCUCCAGACUAGCUGGACUUAUGGGCGCUAUGUUCAUGAGUGGCCUUUUGGCUGGCUUUGGCUGUGGGGGUGGUUUGCUUUUUGGUGCCAAAUGUUUAUGGAUGCCUGGUGGGUGCUGCUUCUUGUUCCCUAAGCACACUCUAUGA